AUGUCUUCGUUUCCGUACAAGCGACUCGACCUUUCCACCUACGCCAUUCGCCUCCUCAAUCUCCGCAAAGGCGGCCAUUUCGAUCCCAUUCGAUGCAAUCUGGUUCAGGCAAUCCUGGACAACGAAUAUCUGAUACCCUACAAGGCUCUGUCGUACACGUGGGGCGAUGCUUCCGACCGCGUUGAGAUCAAAGUUGACGAUAGGACGUUUGGUAUCACAAGAAAUCUUUAUGAUGCACUGGAUCAUCUACGAAGCGAGACGACAGAUACACUCCUCUGGGUCGACGCUGUAUGCAUCGACCAGGAUCAUCACCAGGAGCGCAAUCACCAAGUCGGCCAGAUGAAGCUCAUCUACGAGAAUGCCGACGAUGUUAUCAUUUGGCUAGGACUCGGCAGCCAUGAGAUCGAUACCCUCUUCGAGAUGAUUCAAUGUCUCGACAAAGAAAGCAUCGAGAUAUCUCGGUGGGCAGCGAUCGAGACUUGGAAUGCCCGGUGGUCAUCUCUCUUGCACAGAAGCGGCAGCAUUUCGGCUGAGCAAUUCCGCAUACUGCGCGAGGCACUCCAAGAAGUUCUAGCGAGAAAGUGGUUCGAGAGGGUAUGGGUCAUCCAGGAAGCCUACAGCGCCAAAAGGGCCACAGUCGUCUGUGGGUACAGUGCGGUCAGGUCGAGGGCGUUCGCUCUCAUGCCGGCCGCUAUGGGCAUCGAGCCCCUGCCACAACAACAGGCCCUGUUGGCGGUUAUGCCAGGGCCUCUGCGAUGGCAUAACAGAGAGCCCGAGUCGCGGAGCCUGAGGACGCUGCUCCAACAAUUCGGCGAUUGCAAGGCGUCGGAUGAGCCAGCCUGA